AUGUAUUCUUCUACUGUGCUCGGAGCCGUACUGGCAGUAGCACCGGCUGUCCUCGGACAGGCCCAGACCAAAUCUGAUGAUUACCUUACCAACCCACAGCCCAGUCUUGAUCACAGGACACUGUACGACUUCAACACCACCUUCCCUACCUGUGCUGGAACCGAGCUCGCCAACACCGUGGUCUGCAAUACGUCAGCGUCGUCAUGGGAUCGAGCUGCGGCGUUGCUCUCCAUGUUCACACUGGAGGAGUUGACCAAUAACACCGAUAACACAGCUCCUGGUGUCCCUAGGCUCGGUCUUCCAGCGUACCAGAUCUGGAAUGAGGCUCUUCACGGUCUCAGUCGCUUUGCUGGAAACAGCUUUCCCGGCCAGUGGAGCUGGGCAACUUCGUUCCCUUCCCCAAUCUUGUCCAUGGCCUCGAUGAACGCCUCUCUGAUCCACCAAAUCGCCGACAUCAUCGCUACGCAAGGACGGGCUUACAACAAUGCAGGCAAGUACGGUCUCGAUGUAUACAGCCCCAACAUCAACGGUUUCAGGUCACCAAUCUGGGGUCGUGGACAAGAGACCCCUGGUGAAGAUGCAUUCUUCCUGUCGUCUCUGUACGCUUUCGAGUACAUCACCGGCAUGCAGGGCGGAAUCAACCCGACAGUGCCAAAGUUGAUCGCUGUGCCCAAGCAUUUCGCUGGUUACGACAUUGAGAACUGGCACAACCACGGACGUCUGGGUAACGAUGUAAACAUUACCCAGCAGGAUCUAGCUGGCUACUACACACCUCAGUUCAAGGCGGCUGUGCAAUUCGCCAAGGCUCGCGGCUUGAUGUGUUCUUACAACGCAGUCAACGGCGUGCCAAGCUGCGCCAACUCAUUCUUCCUCCAGACUCUGCUGCGCGAUACCUGGGACUUCGGCACCGGCUUUGUCUCAUCUGAUUGCGAUGCGGUAUACAACGUCUAUGACCCUCAUGGCUAUGCUGCCAACCGCACAGGUGCGGCAGCCGACUCGCUCCGUGCGGGUACCGAUAUCGACUGUGGUACUACCUACUCCAACUGGCUUCCGGACGCUUUCGACGAGGGCUUCGUCUCUCGUGAUGAUAUCGAGCAGGCUCUCAGGCGCCUGUAUACCGGCACUAUCGACCAGGGCUGGUUCGGACCCAACGACACUCUGUACCGCAACCUUGGCUGGAAGGAUGUAGUUUCGUCCGAUGCACAGAACAUUUCAUACGAGGCCGCCGUCCAGAGCAUCGUUCUUCUCAAGAACGACGGCACCCUGCCGCUCAGUGAUGACUGCGGUAGCGUCGCUCUGAUCGGACCUUGGGCAAACGCCACCGAGCAGCUUCAGGGUAAUUAUGCUGGUCAGGCACCGUACCUUAUCAGCCCUCUUGCUGCCAUGCAAUCUGCUGGCCUGACUGUCAACUUCGCCAACGGCACCAACUCCGUCGGCGACAACAGCACGUCUGGGUUCGCUGCUGCCAUUGAUGCGGCUAAGAAGUCCAACGUCAUCGUCUUCGCCGGUGGUAUCGACAACAGCAUCGAGGCCGAGGGUAUGGACCGUGAUAAUGUCACCUGGCCUGGUGUUCAGCUCGAUCUUAUCUCUCAGCUCGCCAACCUUGGGAAGCCAGUCAUCGUCCUCCAGAUGGGUGGUGGCCAAGUCGACAGCUCGUCGCUCAAGAGCAACAAGAACGUAAAUGCUCUUAUCUGGGGCGGUUACCCUGGCCAGAGCGGUGGUCAGGCUCUCCUCGACAUCAUCACUGGCAAGCGUGCACCAGCUGGACGUCUCGUUACCACGCAGUACCCAGCUAGCUACGCUACCAGCUUCAACCAGCUCGACAUGAGCCUUGCUCCCAAUUCGUCCGACGGUAACCCUGGUCAGACAUACAUGUGGUACACUGGAGAAGCCGUCUACCCCUUCGGAUACGGCAUGUUCUACACCACGUUCUCUGAGUCGCUCGUCGCCAACAUGAGCACCUCAUACAACAUCAGCACGCCUUUCUCCCAGGCACAUACUGGCUACCAGUACGCUGAGCAGGUGCCAAUCUUGACCUUCCAGGCCACGAUCACCAACACUGGCAAGGUCGCUUCCGACUACAGUGCCAUGCUCUUUGCUUCGACCACCUCUGGUCCUACCCCACGACCCAUCAAGUGGUUGGUCGGUAUCGACCGUGAGGCUAGCAUCGCGCCAGGUGCGUCCUGCAUCGUCAAUAUCCCUGUGCCAGUAGGUGCUUUGGCUCGUGCUGAUGCGAACGGCAACCUGGUUGUCUACCCUGGCCAGUACUCCCUGGCAUUGAACCCGGAGGCAUCUGUCACUGUCAACUUCACCUUGACUGGUGAUGCUGCGACCGUCCAGAAGUGGCCCGAAUGGUUUCAGCAGAUCCCAGCUUCUGGUACUGCUGCUGACCCUCAGCCACUCGAUGGUGGCGGGUCUGCUUGA